GCGCGCAUGACACGGAUCGCUGUGUUCGCGGGAGAAGAAGGUGAGGGUGCGUGCGGUGCGUCCAGGUGUGUCGAGGUUCAGCGUCCAGAGGAGGGAUCGGGUCACCGGAGCGCAUCGCAACCGUCCGGUCCAAGCGAAGUCCAAGAGUCCGGCCCAUCCGAACCGCGCUCCAGUGUCACAUCGAGUUCAGUGCUGCUCCUUUUUCCUGAUCCUCCGCUCCGUCCUGCCGCUGCCGCCGCCGCCGCGCUGUCACCCCGAAAGAGGCGCGUGGGCGGCGCCCAGAAGACCAUGUAAACGGACACGUUGCCGGUGCGACGGGAAGUUUGAAACAGCGCACACGUUCGUUUCUCCCUCUCAUAGCGGUGUCCCUCAUCCCACUGAGACUGACUGAAUGGAACCAGAGGGCAACAGUAUGACUCUCUCCGCCGCACCUACACUUCGUAGAGGAAGCACUCCUCUGCCUAUUAAGCACCAGCUGAGACGGGAGGAAGCGGUAAAUGAGGACUGUGACUGGGCGCCGGGGCUGGAUGCCCCUUCCUCGCCUUCGAUCAUCUUCGGCGCCGGCCCGGAAGAGUCGGCUCCCAGGGUGGCGGAUGGAAGCCAGGGCGGACCUCUCCGGAUCGUGCUGCUGGGGCAGAAUGGCGUUGGGAAGUCUUUGUUAGCUCUGGCGCUGGCGGGAGAGCUUGACCGUUCGGCGUCAGUGGAUUCGGACAGCCAAACCAUCGGGGACGGCUACACGCGCACGGUGACGGUGGACGACGAGGAGAGCGCCGUCGUCAUCUACGACAACUGGAAGCAGGACCUGUCCACCCUCCAGUGUGAGGUGUGUCUGCUGGUGUUCUCCGUGACGGACCGCCGCAGUUUCCACCGCGCCGCGCAGCUCCGCCUCCUCCUGAGGGAGACACAGCCUCAAACACCCAUCAUCCUCGUGGGCAACAAGAGCGACCUCGUGCGCUCGCGGGAGGUCAGCACAGAAGAGGCCCACGCCAGUGCCCAGCUCUUUGAUGGCCAGUACCUGGAACUGUCCGCCUCCCUGGAUCACCGCACCGCAGAGCUGCUGGAGGGGGCCGUGAGGGCGGCGCGAGGCCACAGCCCGGGCCUCGAGUGUAUCGACGGCAGCCCCCGGGGGGGGCGCAGGGAGAGCCUUACUAGCAAGGCCAAGCGCUUCCUCUCAAGCCUCGUCCCGCGGUACCCCCGCGAAAGGGACCGUGACAGGGAGCGGGGCGGGCGCGUCUUCAGGCAGAAGUCACGCUCCUGUCAUGACCUCAGCGCGCUGUGACAGAAGCGUGAGGGUGGGGGUGGGAAAGAGGGAGGUGAUGGAUUGGGGGUGACAGACGACACAGGAAAACAAAUAUUGAAGGGGAGAAGGCGGGCAUGGGGGGGGGGGGGUGGAGAUGGAAGUAUGGAAGGCAGGUAAGCGGGAGGAAAGAAGGGCGGGGGGUGAUAAGACAAGUGGGUUUCAGGGGUGGGAGGUGGUCUCAUGGAGGUUUUGAGGAGAGACGAGUGGGAUGGGAAAAGGAAUCGCAGUCAGGUUCCCUUACAACGCACCCGAUUCUUAGGUGUUUUUUCUAGAAACCCUUAGACUGCAUAACUAACACGGGAUGUAGACAUAGUAGACACCCGAAACUCCCCACCGCCGCACUAUGUUUACCGUGUUUCACUCACCGUAGGAGCGCCUCUUAGACGUGGACCUUACAACCACCAGUGUGUGACACACCUCAGCGUGGGCCCAAGUGUUAUCUUGCACGAGGCGACUGUAAGACGAGAAGAGGCCUGCUGGGGGGGGGGGUGCAGGAUCACAUUAGUAUUUCUGUAACCGAGCACACACCUGUAAAUAGCGCCAAAGGAGCCCUGGCGCAGCGGAUGUGCGCGGUCCACGCGCUCCAGUGUAGCGACGCUGCUGGAUGAGUCAGACACCAGUGACGUACAACCCGGUCAUUGCUCUGCACUGGCACCCCCCACCCCCAGACAGACAAUAAACACAUUUUGUUUGAAAUAUU